UCACCCCCAGCAGACAGGAGAGGAGCAUGAGGAGGGAGAACCAGAGCAGUAUGUCCCAGUUCCUCCUCCUGGGGCUCCCCAUCCGGCCAGAGCAGCGGGGCGUGGUCUUCGCCCUGUUCCUGGGCGUGUACCUGACCACGGUGCUGGGGAACCUGCUCAUCAUCCUGCUCAUCAGGCUGGACUCUCGCCUCCACACCCCCAUGUACUUCUUCCUCAGCCACUUGGCCUUCACCGACGUCUCUUUUUCAUCUGUCACUGUCCCUAAGAUGCUGAUGGACAUGCACACUGAGUACAAACUCAUCCCCUAUGCAGGGUGCAUUUCACAGAUGUAUUUUUUCAUAUUUUUUACUGACCUGGACAGCUUUCUUAUUACAUCAAUGGCAUAUGAUCGGUACAUGGCCAUCUGUCACCCUCUUCACUACACCACCAUCAUGAGGAAGGAGCUGUGUGCCCUCCUAGUGGCUGUUUCCUGGAUCCUGUCUGGUGCCAGCUCCCUUUCCCACACCCUCCUCCUGACCCAUUUAUCUUUCUGUGCUAACACCAUCCCCCACUUCUUCUGUGACCUUGGUGCUCUGCUCAAGUUGUCCUGCUCAGACAUCUUUCUCAAUGAAUUGGUCAUGUUCACAGUAGGGGUGGUGGUCAUUACUCUGCCAUUCACAUGUAUCCUGGUGUCUUAUGGUUACAUUGGGGCUACCAUCCUGAGGGUCCCUUCAACCAAGGGGAUGUGCAAAGCAUUGUCCACAUGUGGCUCCCAUCUCUCUGUAGUUUCUCUGUAUUAUGGGUCAAUAUUUGGGCAAUACCUUUUCCCAACACUAAGCAAUUUCAUUGACAAGGACAUCAUUGUAGCUCUCAUGUACACAGUGGUCACACCCAUGCUGAAUCCCUUUAUCUACAGCCUUAGGAACAAGGACAUAAAAGGUGCCCUUGGGAAACUUUUCAGUAGAGCAACAUUUUUCUCACAGUGA